AUGCGCUGUCGGCAACAAGCCGCCGCGGAGGAAGAAUUUGGCGAGGCGUUCGCGCCACCACCAAAACCACAGCCGGAGCAGAGAGCGCUGCCGAAGCGGCUCCGGAACGAAGAGCCGCAGCGAGUAAAGCAGGCGCUCGAGCUGCGCGGGAGCAGCAAGGAGCUUCCGGUGGGGAUUACCUUCAACACGGCGAUCAAGAAGCUCGUAGCUACUGUGCGCAUUACCGACGACGCCGGGGAGGUCUUCCCGCUGACCCGCGUCAUCGACCCGGAACUUCACGCGACAGCAGACGAAGCGGUUGAAGCGGCCGAAGAGGUCCGCGCCGCACUGCGGGCCGACCCCUGGGAGGACGUUGCCAGGAUCCGGGCGCAGAGACGCGCGCGAGAGGCCCGCGAGGGGCCGCAGCAGUAA